GUGUCGCAGUGGCGGCGGUACGCGGGGGCGGGCUAUCGCGAGGUCUGGCUGGAGGGGGCGAGGCACAGCUACGUGGCCAACCCGCCGACCCUGCUGCUGGAGACGGUCAGGCAGGAGCUGCUCUCAUGCGCAGCCGGCGGACGGCUGUCACGGCUGACAUGGAUUGGUGCUGCGGGUGCACAGGGGGGAGGCGCUGCGGCCGACGAGGAGGGCGAUGAUCUGCGCUGGAGGCGGGGCAAAACACUGCGCAUAGCGCUGGGACAGGUGUGCCUGAGCGACGCAAGCAGUCAGGCCCGCUGCAGGACGCAGGAUUGUGCGUCGGUGAAGGUGGGGUAG